CACAGUCUGCAGUCAGCGGUUCAGUCAACCAACAGCUCAAGCACAGCUAAAACAGCUAAGAAACGUUCAGCACCACAGAACAGCGGACAGCUCCUCAAUAAGAGAACACUAUGGUUCUGAUCUGGACACAGUUUGGAGUGAAAACCAAAAAUGUCAAGUGCAAGGUCCGCGUUAUGAACAGGAAUGACAGCUCGGGCUCUUCAUCAGGGGAGAACCAAAAGGACCAAGAGGUGCCUGUUAUGUCCAUCAAGCCUAUGGGGAAGGAUUUCUACAAGGUCCUGGGCGUCGAGACAGACGCCAACGAAGAUGAGAUCAAGAAGGGAUACAGGAAGAUGGCCCUAAAGUUUCACCCCGACAAGAACAGUGCUGCUGACGCCGCAGACAAGUUCAAGGAGAUCGCAGAAGCUUACGAGAUUCUGACCGACCCCAAGAAGAGAGUCAUCUAUGAUCAGUUUGGAGAAGAAGGUCUUAAGAACGGAGGCGGAGUGUCCAUGGCAGGCAAGGAGAACAACACCCAUCAGUACAGUUACCACGGUGACGCCCAUGCCACAUUCUCCUCCUCCUUCCAAGGCUCCGACCACUUCGACAUCUUCUUCGGGCCCGACGGCGAGGAGGAGCUCUUCAACCCCUUCAGCCGCUUCACCUUCAGCCACGUCGGUGGUUACCACAGUAACUAUGGCCCCACUGGCGAGAAGCUUCGGCGCGGACGUCGGCGUCUGCAAGGCAUGGCGGUGGUGCACGACCUCCUGGUGACCCUGGAAGAGGUGUUCCAUGGCUGCACCAAGCACAUGAAGAUCACUCGGCGCCGUCUCAACCCGGACGGCCGCAGCCUGCGCACCGAGGACAAGGUCCUGAACGUGGUGGUAAAGAAGGGGUGGAAGGAAGGUACCAAGAUCACCUUCCCCAGAGAGGGCGACGAGACGCCCAACAACAUACCCGCCGACGUGGCCUUCGUUCUCAAGGACAAGAAACACCCCCACUACAAGAGGGAUGGGUCCCACAUUGUGUAUACAGCCAAGAUCACCCUCAAAGAAGCUCUAUGUGGAUGCACAGUCAACGUCCCCACCCUGGACAACAGGACGAUGCCGCUGCCGUGCAAUGAUGUCAUCAAGCCCGGCGGCAUCCGGCGGCUGAGGGGCGAGGGCCUGCCCCACGCCAAGACCCCCUCCACACGUGGCGACCUGGUGGUGGAAUUCCAGGUGGCCUUCCCUGACAGGAUCCCUCCCCAGUCCAAAGAGAUCAUCAAACACAGCCUCGCUGGGUGCUAAUGGGCUAACGUCCUAGCAUGCUAUUGUGCUAACGACCUACUGUUUGAGCCAAUAAAAUCACAGCCUUGCCAGGUGCUGUGACAAUCCAGCACAGCUUCUCCCUGUGCUCGGUUUAGAGACAAUGGCAGAGGGCACCGGAGAGGGUCAGAUGGAAGCUUUUUGAUUAUAGGCACUUUUCAUAAGCAUAUUUAACAGAUACAAUGCCACAAGUAGAAAGGUUUACAGUUUAACUGGCAAAUUGACUCCUGAGUGUCUGGGCACAUCUACUGACUUUCUCUUGAAUGAAAAGGGAAUAGGUACUGUUACUGUGUAUACUGCUUGCCUAUAUCAGGAACUUGGUAUUCCAAUCGAGUCAUUUGACUUAUUACAGAAACCUGAGGUAGUUGAUAGUCACGUGACAAAAUGAUUCUACCACUUGUAGGCUAUGGUUGUAUGGUUUUCAUAUGACUGCACCUUUACAUUGAUUUAUUACAAUAACAAAUAUGUACUUGUGUACAAGAGUGUACUUGUGUACAAAAAUAUUUAUAACUUUGUCUCUAAAAGAGAUUCCUCUGUCAAAUGUUCAACUGAAUCAUUUGAAAUGUUUGUGUAUAUAUGUGCUUUAACUUAUACCAGAUGUUAAUGUAUUAUUCGAAAUUGACAAAUGGACACAAAGAAAAGCAUGUUAAAUAAAUGAAAAUUGCAGAAUUUUAA